UGGCAGACGAUAAUGAGAUUUAUGGGAUUAUUCCUUUUGUUGCAUCGGAGGUUUUCAGGGAAGAAUAUACUAAAGCUUCAGAUGUGAAGAAGGCCUUUUGGAAUCGAGUUCAUGAUGUAGAUCUUAUUAUUGACAUUUGUGAUGGUCUUCGCCCUCCGAUC